AUGCGUCGUUCAUUAGCAGGUCCAGGUUCAUCAACUUCAAACUACCAACCAAAAUUAGACCCAGGAAAGAGUGUUGGUUCAUCACCAUCAGGUUCUGACGGUUUCAGAAGAACUGGUGCUGCCUCAGGUCCACAAUCAUCCACCUCUGCUUACACACCAACCACCGAUAUCGGUAAACAAGCUCCAGCUGCUGGUGGCAAUGAUGGUUUCAGAAGAACCGGUGCUGCCUCAGGCCCACAAUCAUCAGUUUCAGAAUACAACCCAACCACCGAUAUUGGUAAACAAGCCCCAGCCGGUGGUAAUGAUGCUUUCAGAAGAACCGGUGCUGCUUCAGGUCCACAAUCAUCUGUUUCAGAAUACAACCCAACCACUGAUAUUGGUAAACAAGCCCCAGCCGGUGGUAAUGAUGCUUUCAGAAGAACCGGUGCUGCUUCAGGCCCACAAUCAUCACACACUGAUUAUACCUCAACUUUAGACCCAGGUCUUUCAGUCAGUGUUUCAGGUGGUGGCGGUAAUGAUUAUUUCUCACACCACAAUGACGUUCAACAACAAUAAGCUUGCUGUUGCUCUCAUUUAAAAAAAAAAAAAAACAACAAAAAAAAAAGAAAAAAAAAACCCAUAUUUGUAAAAAAUUCUAUCUAUUUAAUAAAAAGUUGUAAAAUCACUAUAUUUUUUAAAAAUAAAUCC